UCUAGACCCUCCUCUGCCAGUGAGAUCUCAACGAUAAACUGGACAUGUAGGCAGUCAAUUAAAACGUGGAUUCUUUUUUACUAUUAGACAAUCAAGUACUUUUAAAAUUUAUUUAAUUUAUCAGCCGAACAUGAUUUCAUUAUAUCCAAUCAUCAUAUCCACAUUACUGCUUGUCUCACCUGUAAAGUUAGAUGAACACGACCACAAAUAUACAGUUGAUGAGGAAGUCAUUAUUUGGAUGAACACAGUUGGUCCAUAUCACAAUAGACAAGAGACAUAUGAAUAUUACUCCUUGCCUUUCUGUAAAGGUGACAAGAAAACCAUCAGCCAUUAUCAUGAAACGUUAGGUGAAGCACUCCAAGGAGUUGAACUAGAGUUUAGUGGCUUAGAUGUUAUUUUCAAAAAGGAAACCCCACUGACAAAAUUCUGUUCGGUGCAAUUAAAUGAACAAGAUUACGAAGCAUUUGCAUAUGCCUUAAAGAAUCGUUAUUGGUAUCAAAUGUAUAUUGAUGAUCUGCCAAUUUGGGGUAUAGUUGGUGAAGUAGGUGAACAUGGAGAAGACUUAUUUUUAUGGACGCAUAAAAAGUUUGAGAUUGGUUACAAUGACAACAUGAUUGUGGAAGUGAAUCUGACCAGUGAACAUAAAGUGAAGUUAACGAAGGGCUCAGAAAUUCCGUUUACAUACGAGGUCCAUUGGAAACCAUCUACUGUGAAAUUUGCUGACAGAUAUGACAAAUAUUUAGAUCCAGGUUUUUUCCAACAUAGGAUUCAUUGGUUUUCCAUCUUCAACUCAUUUAUGAUGGUUAUUUUCUUGGUCGGGUUAGUUAGCAUGAUUUUAAUGAGAACAUUGAGAAAAGAUUAUGCAAGAUACAGUAAAGAAGACGAUCUUGAUGAUAUGGAGCGAGAUUUGGGUGAUGAAUAUGGCUGGAAGCAGGUACACGGAGAUGUUUUUCGCAUGCCAGCACUGCCAACGUUUCUAUCUUCACUGAUUGGUUGUGGGUACCAUUUAGUCGCUGUAACCGUCAUCGUCAUAAUUUUAGUCAUCAUGGGAGAUCUCUACAUGGGACGUGGCUCCAUCAUGAGUACUAUUAUUUUUGUUUACGCUGCUACAAGUCCUGUGAAUGGGUUCUUUGGUGGCAGUUUGUACUCCAGACUUGGAGGUAAAGAAUGGAUUCGGCAAAUGGCCGUUAGUGCGUUUUUACUUCCUGGUUUGGUGUGCGGUUCAACAUUUUUUGUGAACUUCAUUGCGAUGUACUAUGGUGCGUCGAGAGCAAUACCAUUUGGCACAAUGGUUGCCAUCACCAGUAUCUGUCUGUUUGUCAUCCUACCCCUAACAUUAGUAGGGACUGUUCUUGGACGAAACAUAUACGGUCAGCCUAACAACCCAUGUCGUGUGAAUCCAGUAGCAAGACCUAUCCCUGAAAAGAAAUGGUUUAUGGAACCCAGUGUGAUUGUUUUGCUUGGUGGUAUUUUGCCAUUCGGUUCAAUAUUCAUUGAAAUGUAUUUUAUUUUCACCUCGUUUUGGGCUUACAAGAUUUAUUAUGUAUAUGGUUUUAUGUUACUGGUGUUCGCCAUCUUGACGAUCGUCACUGUAUGCGUCACUAUCGUUUGCUCCUAUUUCCUACUCAAUGCGGAGGAUUACCGAUGGCAAUGGACGAGUUUCCUUUCUGCUGCAUCCACUGCUCUAUAUGUUUAUAUUUAUUCUUUUUAUUAUUUCUUUUUCAAAACAAAGAUGUAUGGAUUAUUUCAAACUGUGUUUUAUUUCGGUUACAUGGCGCUGUUUAGUUUGGCGCUAGGAAUAAUAUGUGGAACGUUCGGUUACGUGGGAACUAGCUUGUUUGUGAGGAAGAUAUAUUCUACCGUCAAGAUCGAUUAAAAUAACGACAUGCUGUACGACUAACAGAAUGUGAAACGUAACAUGUCAUCGUCAAGCUAUCAUGCUUGCAACUUUUAUACGCCCCUACAUUUUAGGUCAGUUACUAUUUAUAUUCCACCUGGUGUAUUUAAUGGUGAAUUUUAUUAACCCAGUCAUUUUGUGUUUUUAAUCAGUAGUAUUUUUCUCUCAGUCUGAUUGUUGGGAAUAAUUUGCAUUAGUUUACCUAUGAUACCACAGAUUAUUUUUUGUUGAAAAAUGUAAUUCGAUUCUCUUAAAAAACAUUUUCGCUUAAAUAAAGGUAAAAGUCCACUUUGAUCGCACAGCACGACGUGCUUAGCGCUGCGCGGUCAUGCGUACGAGCAGCACAUUGUCUACUGGAAACGGAAAUACGUGAACAAAUUCAAAAUGGUGGCGAUUAAAACAUUUAUUUUGGCUUAAUUCAUUGGUUUAAUUUAUGUAGUUACGUCAGUACUCACUGUAGCGCUCAUAAAAACUUCAAAAUCGAAAUUUGACUUUUAAUACGAACGAAUAAAAGCGCUUUCUAAAUGUGACACAAUAAAAAAGCACUGUGAUGCGCGAGUCAUCAGCCGACGUGCUAAAAACAUAGUGGACUUUCGCCUUUACAGAGAUAGUAAAUAGGGAGGAUUUGACUUUGCUGAGUUUCGUCGACAUUUUGGAACGUAUUUUUUUUGAGACUCAACGUAUAAUUUCUUGUCAGUAAAUAAUGUAUUUCGUUCCGAAAAA